CAAAGAGAAACAGAGAGACGGGGAGAAAAGGGCCGGAGAGGCGUAAGCGGCAGACCGCAUCCAACUCAGGCAGGACUCACCGCGGCGGGAUGGCGCAGUCUGCCCUCACACGCACGGCCGGACGCUGCUAGUCACUGUUGGGAUUACUUUGGACACUUGGCGAGUUUGCGCCCUUGCUGUAAACACUGACGUGUGCGGUUUUUUCUUUUUUCUCCUCUCUCUCAUUUUUUUUCUUCUCUUUUUUUGAUUGUUUUUGCUUUGACUUGCGUUUGGACGGACGGAGUGGGUUUUUCGCCGCGUCCCCCCCUUCGGGUUGGAUCUCAGAGAAAUGAGUGAGCGGAGGCGAUCUGCCGCAGCUCUGAGCUCGAGAGCCCACGCGUUUUCCGUGGAAGCCCUGAUCGGCUCUAACAAGAAGAGGAAGCUGCGGGGCUGGGAGGAGAAGGAGCUGGAGCUGUCCAUGGAGAGCCUGGCCGCGGACGGAGAGGACGCGGCGCACUGCCUGGACAUGGACCCGGACUCCGAGGCGAGCCCAGGCUCGGACGGAGAGGGUCUGGCUGAGAGGACGUCGUGCUCCUUCGGCUCCCCUGCAGACCUGGCCCCGGGCCCUGACGCGGCCCCUCCGGCCUCCAUGGAGGACAUCCAGGUGGAGCUGCAGUGCGCGGACCUGUGGAAGCGCUUCCACGACAUCGGCACGGAGAUGAUCAUCACCAAGGCGGGGAGGAGGAUGUUUCCUGCCAUGCGAGUGAAAAUCGCUGGCCUGGACCCCCACCAGCAGUAUUACAUCGCCAUGGACAUCGUGCCUGUGGACAAUAAAAGAUACAGAUACGUAUAUCACAGCUCCAAGUGGAUGGUGGCGGGGAACGCAGACUCCCCGGUGCCCCCGCGGGUCUACAUCCACCCGGACUCCCUGGCCUCAGGAGACACCUGGAUGAGGCAGGUGGUCAGCUUCGACAAGCUCAAGCUCACCAACAACGAGCUGGACGACCAGGGCCAUAUCAUCCUCCACUCCAUGCACAAGUAUCAGCCUCGUGUCCACAUCAUCAGGAAGGACUUCAGCAGCGAGCUGUCUCCAAACAAGCCUGUGCCCACCGGGGAAGGAGUGAAGACCUUCAGCUUCCCCGAGACCGUCUUCACCACCGUCACUGCCUACCAGAAUCAGCAGAUCACCAGACUAAAGAUCGAUCGCAACCCAUUUGCCAAAGGAUUCCGGGACUCAGGCCGAAACAGGACCGGCCUGGAGGCAAUCAUGGAGACAUAUGCUUUCUGGAGACCUCCAGUGAGGACGCUCACAUUUGAAGAUUUCACCAACAUGCAGAAACAGCAAAGUGGCAGCACGGGCACGUCUCCCACCACCUCCAGCACGGGAACCCCUUCUCCCUCUGGUGCGGCUCACCUCCUGUCCCCCUCCUGCUCCCCUCCAACCUUCCACUUGGCUCCAAACACCUUCAAUGUGGGCUGCAGGGAGAGCCAGCUCUGCAACCUGGGCUUAUCUGAAUACCCGGCCUGUGCUCGCAGCAACAUGGCGGCCCUGCAGGGGUACGGUGGCUUGGCCGACGGUUCCUAUGGACGCCUCCAAGCUGCGGGGGGCGCUGUGGCCUCCGGUCAGCCCUCUGAAUCCUUCCUGCCACAGAGGACUUCCUCCCUGCUCGCUGCCGGCAUGCAGGGCAGCACUCAUGCCUCUCUGAGCGGCGGCGGCGGCGGCAGCGGCUCCGGUGGAAAGAUGGAUGCCUACGGAGGCCAACUGGGCUCGUUCCCAGCCUCUCAGCUUCAGUACAUGAUGCAGGCUGGAGGAAGCUCCGGCUCCCCGUCCUCCUCCUCACCGGGAUCGUCCGCCUCCUCCGCCCACAUGUUCAGCGGAAGCCACCACCACGUGCAGCAGGGCUCCUACAAUGCUUUCUCUCUACACAACCCUUACAACCUGUACGGAUACAACUUCCCCACCUCUCCUCGCUUGGCCGCCAGUCCUGAGAAGUCCCAAGGGGGGUUGCUGUGCUCCUCUGCUCCCGCGGGGGCCUUCGCCGAGCGCCAGUAUUUGUCCAACGGAAGCAUGGACACUGUGCACAUGAUUAGCAACAACGCUGGCGGCCAGCAGGGCGGCAGUUCUUGCGAUGGACGUCAGUAUAGCUCCUCUUCUCAGAUGUCCAUGCACAUGGUGUAGGAACUGGGAUGGAACCUCGCAGUGCUCCUUAUUAUUAAAGUCUUUCAGGUGACAAGCCAGUAAGAGGUGGCAGUGAGGUUAAGCCAGUAUAAAACAUACUGAAUUACCAAGAAACCACCACUCACAAAGAUUUACACAGCAAAUCCAAACUACUAUUUAGUUUUCUUUGCAGAAAUAAAAACAAUCAAUGGGACAGCAUGUCAUCUCUCUUAUCUCUUUUAUCAUCCACAGAGCAAAUAAAAGAGGUGAGAGUCUCAUGCUCUGGAUAGGAAGUGGUAUAUGUUUUGGUGCAAUAAUAGCAAUACACUCCUCAGUCAACUCAUUCUUCCUUCCAUCCUGUAACCGAAGGCUGUUCACUGUGAUCCAGAAGGUUUUUACUUCACACAGCACUUGUGCCAUUUGGGUUUAUGAAUGUCAGCCUGUUAAAGAUUUGCUGUAAUUGUCUGCGAUCUGGACUGGAAUGAACGGGAGAACUGGACAAGAUCACAGAGCGACUGUUGGCGCUGCAUCCCUGCAGAAGACGAAGUUAUUGGAUGCUGCGGCCGGUACCUGCUCUGCCAAGUUAUUAUGGUUUGGUUUACUGAGGAACUUCCUUAAAAACUGCACCAGCAACAGUUUGCAACAGCAAAACGUGUACAGAACACAAGAGAUCAGGACUCCACACAAUUUCAUCCACCUGUUUUCCUGAUAGACUGGAAUGGCUUAACUUAGUUUGGGUGAAUUAUGUUUUUAAAUAUGAA